UCCCUCCAGUUCUCCAUCUACUCGCGCUUCCCUCCCCUUUUGCUCAACUCCCCAAACAAGUGAUCACCUCGUGCAUGUAACGACAAGGAGUUUAACAAGAAUAUCUUCUCUCUCCACUCAUGAAUCGCCAUGGCUGGCUUCCAUGCAGGUCGCAAGGAGCCGUCAUCAUCCUUAAAUGACAGAUGGAGGGAGGAGUCAUCGUUCCGCCCUCCCCGGAUCCCCUCCACAGCCGCCGGCGGUAUCCGUCGACUUCGCGACACGUUGUCAUCCAAGAUCUCUCGCUCAGCCUUUGCGGAGAGGGAGUAUCUCAAGAAGGAGGCGCGUUAUAAGACUCCGCUGACACAGCGGAAUAUGGAUGCCUUUACCACGCAACAGGAGGUCCGGCAGGCUUAUCGUCUCGACAGCAGUCCGGAGGAACACGUCUCGGAAUGGCUGAGGCAGCUGUCUUGAGUUCGUUCUUGUGCCUCUCUGUUGCUCGUGUGUAGUUUCGUACUCUUGCCGCUGAAGGCUUAUCACGAUCU